AUGCCACUUUUUGGCUGGAUGAAAUGGUCAAAAACUGAUUCCUUCAAAUCCACAAGAUGUCCUGGAUCAGAAGUAGUUACAAAAACCCUGCUGAGGGAGUUGAAAUGGCACCUAAAAGAGCGUGAAAGGUUAGUGCAAGAGAUUGAAAAUGAACAAAAAGUCCAGAAACCUGGCAUGGAUUACAACUGGCUCAAGAACUACCAAAACCCUCAAGCAACAAUUCCAGCUACUGAGCAACGGCAGCUUGAAGUCCUGUGCUCUCAAAUCCAGCCCUGCCAAACAGGAACUGUUCUCAGCAGAUUUCGGGAAGUUUUGGCAGAAAAUGAUGUUUUACCGUGGGAAAUAGUCUACAUAUUCAAGCAAGUUUUAAAAGAUUUUCUUACCACCAUUGAGAGAGAAAACCAAGCAGAGCAGCUGGUAGAUGCAUGGAAUACAAAUUGCCCUGAACAUUUCAGUCUGCGUGGUGACAGCUCCAACAAGUCGGACAAAGAUGAAAUCCCCACGGUCUCGAGUUAUGUCGACAAAAACACACAAAGCAUGUUUCCCACCUUCUCCCACAGAAUCUGGAAUCUACCCUACUACUACCCAUCAAGUUAA